UGUGAGUGGGGCUGGGGAACAGAAGCUGUCCAUGGACUUUGCAAGACAUUGUCCCUGCCAGGGUACAGCCAUCAGUCGCUAAUCCACGGCCCUGGAAUGUCUGUAGGCCAAUCAGCAGGGUCUUUGGGGGCUCCCUGAGGGUGCUAAUAAUCCUACAAUGAUUAGCAGGGGCCACAGGGUCAGUGCACACCGCUCUGCUUGCUGCUGUGGAACAGGCUGGCCAGACACUGAAGCCGGACUUAGCCUGACUCCUUGAGACUGUGGGUAGCUUCACGAAGCCUUGGAGGCUAGUUGGACUGCUGAGAGAAGCCAUGUCUGCAGCACCAGGCAGGCCAAAGACUCCGUCAGAGCCCUCCCUGGGGCUGGGAGGCCAGAGCCGAUGGCCUGGUCUCUUGUUUGUGCUCCUGUCUCUCCCCGGUGUCACCUGGACAGAGGUGCAGACAUCCCAGCUGCCAGAGCAGGCUCCAACUCUCCAAGGCCUGAGCAGGAAGGAGAGUUUCCUGAUCCUCUCCCUGCACAACCGCCUGCGCAGCCAGGUCCGGCCUCCCGCAGCCAACAUGCAGAGAAUGGACUGGAGCGAGAGCCUGGCCCGAAUAGCUCAAGCCAGGGCAGCCCUCUGUGGCACUUCAGCCACCCCAAAUGUGACAUCUGCCCCACGGCACACCCCACAAGUGGGCUGGAAUGUGCAGCUACUGCCCGAGGGCUCGGCAACCUUUGUCGAAGUGGUCAACCUCUGGUUUGCUGAAGGGCUGCAGUACAGACAUGAGGACGCUGAGUGUGCCCACAAUGCCACCUGCACCCACUACACACAGCUGGUGUGGGCCACUUCUAGCCAGCUGGGCUGUGGGAGGCAUCUAUGCUCUGUGGACCAGACAGCCAUGGAAGCCUUCGUCUGUGCCUACUCCCCUGGUGGCAACUGGGAUGUCAACGGGAAGACAAUCGUCCCUUACAAGAAAGGCUCCUGGUGUUCACUCUGCACAGCCAGCGUCUCGGGCUGCUUCAAGGCCUGGGAUCAUUCAGGGGGCCUCUGUGAGAUCCCCAGAAACCCAUGUCGCGUGAGCUGCCGAAAUCACGGACAUCUCAACAUUAGCACUUGUCUCUGUCACUGUCCCCCUGGCUACACAGGGAGGUACUGCCAAGUGCGGUGCAGUGUGCAGUGUGUGCAUGGCCGGUUCCGGGAAGAAGAAUGUUCGUGUAUCUGUGAUGUCGGCUAUGGGGGAGCCCAGUGUGCCACCAAGGUGCGCUUUCCUUUUCACACCUGUGACCUGAGGAUCGAUGGAGACUGCUUCAUGGUGUCUUCUGAGGCAGACACCUAUUAUGGAGCCAAGAUGAAAUGUCAGGGAAAAGGUGGGGUACUAGCCCAGAUCGAGAGCCAGAAAGUGCAAGACAUCCUUGCCUUCUUCCUGGGCCGUCUGGAGACCACUAACGAGGUGACUGACAGUGACUUUGAGACCAGGAAUUUCUGGAUCGGACUCACCUACAAGGCGGCUAAGGACUCCUUCCGCUGGACUACUGGAGAACACCAGUCCUUCACGAGUUUUGCCUUUGGGCAGCCUGACAACCAGGGGUUUGGGAACUGUGUGGAAAUGCAGGCAUCUGCUGCCUUCAACUGGAAUGACCAACGCUGUAAAACUCGAAACCGUUAUAUCUGUCAGUUUGCUCAGAAGCACAUUUCCCUGUGGGAGCCAGGGCCCUGAGCCUGGCCAGGCAGCAGCUCUCCUGCCAGCCUCUGAGUACACAAGUCAGUUUGCCUGACUGCUCAUCUGUGGGAAACACGGGCCUGGCUGGGACUGAAUGUCCAACACUGAAUGAGGUCUCAGAACUUGCACAAUGCUGGACAUUGGGUAAGGGAAGCAUUGAAGCCGUGAGAAAUGAAUUGGGGUCCUGAAGGAGCCUAGCAUGGGAAGAGAAGAGCCAGGGACCAUCAGCCUGCUUUUGAGUUGGAAAGAUGGGCAUCCAUGGACCCCCGAAGCCAAAGCCAAAGCCAAAGCCAGUGGCCAAAAGCUGUUCUGCUCCAUCUAGACCAAACUUCCUUGGACAGCUGGAGUUUUCCAGACCAGAGGCUUCACAAAGAAAUAAAUGAUGUUAUGAAUCA